AUGUCUGUGCUCCGGAGGAUGAUGCGGGUCUCCAAUCGCUCGCUCCUCGCCUUCAUAUUCUUCUUCUCCCUCUCCUCGUCUUGCCUCUACUUCAUCUAUGUGGCUCCGGGCAUCGCCAACACGUAUUUCUUCAUGGUCCAAGCACGAGGUAUAAUGCUGAGAGAAAAUGUGAAAACAAUAGGACAUAUGAUCAGGCUGUACACAAACAAAAACACAACGUUCAAUGGUACAGAUUAUCCCGAAGGCAGUAGUUCAAGUGAUUAUCUAAUCCAAACGACAACGUAUCUGCCAGAAAACUUCACAUAUUCACCAUACCUUCCCUGCCCAGAAAAGCUGCCUUACAUGCGGGGAUUCAUCAAUGUCAAUGUCAGUGAAGUCAGUUUUGAUGAGGUUCGUCAACUCUUUGCGAAGGAUUUAGAUAUUGAACCAGGAGGUCACUGGCGGCCAAAAGACUGUAAACCCAGAUGGAAGGUGAGAAGGCAGGGUUUUCUGUCUUUGAUGUUAGACUAUAAGCUUGGUUUUGAAGACAUGGUUAAGAGAAGUGUUGGUGAAUGCAGAGUGUUUNNNGAUGUGGACCAUCUGCCUGAAAAUGACCGAAACUAUUAUGGCUGUGGAGAAAUGCCACGUCAUUUUGCAACAAAGCUGGAUAAAUAUAUGUAUAUCCUUCCAUAUAAAGAAUUUUUUGGUGGUGUGAGUGGACUGACAGUGGAACAAUUUAGAAAGAUCAAUGGCUUUCCUAAUGCCUUCUGGGGCUGGGGAGGGGAAGACGAUGACCUCUGGAACAGAGUUCACUACGCUGGGUAUAAUGUAACAAGACCAGAGGGAGACCUGGGGAAAUAUAAGUCUAUUCCUCAUCACCAUCGAGGUGAAGUCCAGUUCUUAGGGCGGUAUAAAUUACUAAGAUAUUCAAAAGAGCGUCAGUACAUCGAUGGGUUGAACAAUUUAAUAUAUACGCCAAAAAUACUGGUUGAUAGAUUGUACACAAAUAUAUCUGUAAACCUCAUGCCUGAGUUAGCACCAAUUGAAGACUAUUAA